UUGGUGCGGGCUGCACUUGGUCCGCAGUUCUGCGCCGGGGGCUUUUGUGUCCGCCUUUUGCUUUGCUUUCUGUGCGCGUUUUUGUUUUUUCUUUUCUUUUCUCCGCGCGCUGCUCCCCAGCGGAAGCCGCGAGGCUCGGAGGCAGCAGCCCUCACCCCAGGCGAGGAGCGAGCGCGCCAGCGUGAGCACCGGAGUGACGGCUGCGGGGCAGGGGGUUCGCCGCCGAGAUGCCGGAGUUCCUGGAAGACCCCUCGGUCCUGACGAAGGAGAAGUUGAAGAGUGAGUUGGUGGCCAACAAUGUGACGCUCCCGGCGGGGGAGCAGCGCAAAGACGUGUACGUGCAGCUCUACCUGCAGCACCUCACGGCGCGCAACCGGCCGCCGCUCGCCGCCGGCGCAAACAGCAAAGGGCCCCAGGACUUCUCCAGCGACGAGGAGCGCGAGCCCACCCGGGUCCUCGCCGCCGCGGGCCGCGCCCGGCGCCCCUUGGGGAAAAAAGCCACAAAGAAAACUGAUAAACCCAGACUAGAAGAUAAAGAUGACUUAGAUGUAACUGAACUCACUAAUGAAGAUCUUCUGGGUCAGCUUGUGAAAUAUGGGGUGAAUCCUGGCCCUAUUGUGGGAACAACCAGGAAGCUAUAUGAGAAAAAGCUGUUGAAAUUGAGGGAACAAGGAACAGACUCAAGAUCUUCUACUCCUUUCCCAACAAUUUCUUCUUCAGCAGAAAAUACAAGACAGAAUGGAAGUAAUGAUUCUGACAGAUACAGUGACAACGAAGAAGACUCUAAAAUAGAGCUCAAGCUUGAGAAGAGAGAACCACUAAAGGGCAGAGCAAAGACUCCAGUAACACUCAAGCAAAGAAGAGUUGAGCACAAUCAGAGCUAUUCUCAAGCUGGAAUAACUGAGACUGAAUGGACAAGUGGAUCUUCCAAAGGCGGACCUCUGCAGGCAUUAACUAGGGAAUCCACAAGAGGGUCGAGAAGAACUCCAAGGAAAAGGGUGGAUACUUCAGAACAUUUUCGUAUAGAUGGUGCAGUAAUUUCAGAGAGUACUCCCAUAGCUGAAACUAUAAUGGCUUCAAGCAACGAAACCUUAGUUGUCAAUAGGGUGACUGGAAAUUUCAAGCAUGCAGCUCCUAUUCUGCCAAUCACUGAAUUCUCAGACAUACCCAGAAGAACACCAAAGAAACCAUUGACAAGAGCUGAAGUGGGAGAAAAAACAGAGGAAAGAAGAAUAGAAAGGGAUAUUCUUAAGGAAAUGUUUCCCUUUGAAGCAUCUACACCAACAGGAAUUAGUGCUAGUUGUCGCAGACCAAUCAAAGGGGCUGCAGGGCGGCCAUUAGAAUUCAGUGAUUUCAGGAUGGAGGAAUCUUUUUCAUCGAAAUAUAUUCCUAAGUAUAUUCCUUUGGCAGAUGUCAAGCCAGAAAAGACAAAAAAGGGACACUCUAUUCCCAUGUGGAUAAAAAUUUUGCUGUUUGUUGUUGUGGCCAUUUUUUUGUUUUUGGUCUAUCAAGCUAUGGAAACCAACCAAGUAAAUCCAUUCUCUGGUUUUUAUCUUGGCAACUCUAAAAAUCUCAACUGAAUGAUAUCUCUUUGGCACACUCAACUUGGUCUCCUAUUUUUAAUAACUGUAUAAAAAAAUUGUGUACACUUCUUGACGCAAGAGCUAAAUAUAAUGUGAUUCACCUCAAAUGUAGUAUUCCAUUGAAAAGUAAGCGAUAUAUAAAUGGACUUCAUUUAAAUGUUUUGGACUUUGGACUAGUAGGAGAUCACUUCGUGCCAUACAAAUAAUCUUUUUUAGCUCUGGAACUUUUUUGUAGACUUUAUUUUUUUAAUGUGGGCAUCUUAUUUCAUUUUUGAGAAAAAUGUAUAUUGUUUCUGUGUUUCAAGAAGGGCGAAAUGUAUAAUGUGAAGCUACACAUUUAAAUACUUUGAAUUCUUACAGAAAAGAUUUAAGAAUUAUUCUCUGCUGAAUAAAAACUUUAGAGAUAUGUGAAACAUGAAAUUUGGUAAGAGAAAAAGUAACUUGGAGUUGUACUUUUGUAACAGCAACGAAGUUUAAUGGUGUUUAUGGGGAAAAAUACGGCAAUAAUCUCUUCAGUAACUUUUAUUACUAGUAAUGCUAUUAGUGUAGCCCUGUUGUACUCACUUUUUAAAAAAUUUCUAGUAUCAUGAAUGUCCUACUUCAGUAAGACCCAUUUAAAUACAGUUGAAUUUUAGCAGUAAUCUUUUAGUGCUAAAGAUUCCUAUAUGUAUAUGUUUUAGAAAACUGUUAACUGGCUAUCCAUGUUUUUAAAAGCUGUUUAGCUAGCUAGAAGGCUAUAAUUGGGAACCUGUAUUUUUUAUUUACAGCUAAAAAUAUUGUCAAUCCAGUUUGCUACCAAAUAUUUUUUAAUAAAUAAGUGUGUGUCUAUUUAGAAGUUAGAAACUUUACACACUGGUCUUUGUUUCCAUUUGAAUUCCUUAUUGCAUUGUCUUCUGUUACUAAAAACAAAUUUUGCCAAGUUUUUUUUGCCCUGUUUCCCGACAUAAUUUGAUUUUAAAAUGCAGAAAGUAUUAGCUUUUAAAUUACAUAAACUUUUCUUGGAUACACAGUAGUUACAUGAAUUUGUGAACUCUGAAUAUGAGGUGGGCAUUAUGAUUUUUGUGUACUCUUGAAGUGGUUAACUUUAUCUUGUGGUUGAUGUAUUUUUUUUAGCUAAAACUUACCUCAUGUAUAACUUGGUUAAUUAAUUGAAAUUUCAACAGAAUCAAGUAAAACAGAAAAUUUAAACUUACUCAUUUGAGUUACUAAUUUUACAGUCUUUGCCAUAAGCACACUAAAAAUGUAAGUUAUUUUUAAAUGCCAUCUGAAAUAAAAAGAUACUUUUGCAAAAGGGAAAAUGCUAAAGGUGUAUAUUUAGACCAGCAAACAAUUUUUAUUUGAAUUAGCCCUUUUCUGAUAUUUAGCUUUUAGAUAUUUUGUAGACAUUUGUCACUUGGCAGUUUAUCAGAAAUGUUUAUAGGCCCGAGGGAGUAAGAAACAUAUAGGUCAGAAAUGCUUGCCUCUUUGAGUAAAAGUGUUUCUUUGAGAUGAGCCACACAGGGGGCACGUUUUACUCAACUUUCCUGCGUAAGAUAAUAGCAGUCUACUUUCACUUUCUUUGUUUUUAAACUUUGUUUCCCAUUUUGUUUUCGAUCUUUUGUUUAUAAUUAGAAAUUGUGAGAAGCUGCAUUUACUGUUUAAAAAUGUGGGAUGAUAAAUCAGACUUAAUAUGUAUGUAAGAUCAAUUUUCUAACAGGAAAGGUGUGGUCCAAAAUAGCAAAAGUAGGACCAGAUAAAAGUCUUCCCCCCCUCUCCCCCCAUGUGUAUUUGGUCUUUUGUGUGUGUCUGUUUUACUCCACUAGAAUUAAUGUGUCCUUGAUGUAAACGCAAAGCAUUUCUUCCCGAUUAAACUGUAGAUGUAGACUUUACAAUAUAAUUCAACAAUAAAAAAUAGUUAACCUGUAGUUUUGUCAUUGCAAUAAAUGCUUUUUAGAUUGCACAAAUUA